AUGACGCAAACCUCCCCGCUUCUGACCCUCCCAGGCGAACUGCGGAAUUACAUUGUCGAGUAUGCCUUUCGAAGAGAGCCUGGCACCACACCUCUACCCCUCUCUCGGUCCCAGCUAGCCCUUCCCUUUGCCUGUCGCCAAUUACACAGGGAUUUCCAGGCUCUUGCACGAUCCUUGACUAUAUUCAGCAUACGCUGGUCCUCUGCUCAGGAGCUCCGAAUGAAAGCCGACAGACUGUUGCCAGCUUCUAGAGCAUCGAUCACGAAGCUUCAGCUCGAGUUCCAGCCCAAUUUCGAAGCUCAGUUUGUUUUUGAUGCCCGACGAAAGCGAGUCACAAGUUUUGACUUUGCAGGUGCUGGAUUGACCGGGCUUCAAGAAUUGUAUUUCCGCUACCCUCCCAGUGACGUGAUGGGAGGCGUUGGCGUUACGGGCCGAGAAUUUCUCAUGUUAGCGUUAUGGAAGAUCCUCUGGGAGAGGGGUAAUGAUCAAUUGAGAAAAGUGUGUGCUGUUCACGAUGGAGCGCAGCCGUACCUUUGCCUCACUUUGCUAUACGGAAUGAUGAAGGAAUUCGGGCCGUUGAAGAGAUCAAAUCGCUGGAAAUUACAACCCGAUCUUGACCACGGUCAGGUUCACUUCUUGAAGAAAGGCCAUGAUGGCAAGCCAUGUAGGCAGGUUACACUCGUCGUUGGCUACAGCUUUCGGGAGGCUGAAGAGUAUUGUGCCGUGCGCGAACAGCUCCACGAGGGAAAGCAGGUAGAUAUUAUCACAGCUCGACGUACAGACUGCGCAUACGCAAUACCGUUCCAUGAGCUUUCAGAUCACGAAAUAAGAUGCGAACUAUUAGACCUCUCACUCCUGUUCCGGGGCAUCCACGAGCCAAUUCUCAACUUUGCGCCUCGGAUAGAGGUAAUACGCUCCAUGUCCGAAGUCGUAAGCCAUCAGGCCCUUCGAGUCCAAAAUCAAUCUUCUUGA